AUGAAUUUGAACGAUGCCGCAGAACCAGCACCUGUGCCUAGAAGUCGACAGGAGCAUUUGAAGCACUCUUCUUCACACAGGAAGGAGGUAAAGUUUGGAGACUACAUCCUUGGCCAGACGAUUGGCGAGGGCGAGUUUGGCAAAGUCAAGAUGGGUUGGAAGAAGGACUCCACAGUCCAAGUCGCCAUCAAAUUGAUUCGAAAGGAGAGCUUGGCCGGGAACACCACUCGACUUCCCAAGAUCUACCGCGAGAUCUCAAUUCUUCGUGAGCUGCAACAUCCAAACAUUGUUCGAUUGCACGAGUUCGUUGAGACCGAGCGCCACAUGGGAAUCAUUCUCGAGUAUGCAUCUGGGGGAGAACUCUUCGACUACAUCUUAAACCACAGAUAUCUAAAGGAUCCGGCAGCUAGGCGGCUGUUCGCACAGCUUGUAUCUGGCGUGGGCUAUCUCCAUAAGAAGGGCAUUGUCCACCGAGAUCUGAAGCUCGAAAACCUGCUGCUCGACCGCAACAAGCACAUCAUCAUCACGGAUUUUGGAUUUGCGAACACUUUCGAUCCUGAGGACGAACUGGGCGAAGACACGGAGAACAGAAUAGCCGACAAGGACUUCGUGAAACGCGGACACAGAAGAGGUGAUCUGAUGCAGACGUCUUGUGGAAGUCCAUGCUAUGCAGCUCCCGAGCUGGUCGUGAGCGAUGGUCUCUACACCGGUCGCAAGGUUGAUGUUUGGAGUUGUGGUGUCAUCUUGUACGCAAUGCUCGCUGGAUACCUGCCCUUUGACGACGACCCUGCGAACCCUGAGGGCGACAACAUCAAUCUGCUAUACAAAUACAUCGUAAGUACACCCCUCACAUUUCCUGAGUACGUCACG